AUGGCAAGCUUUGACUGCUUGGACCUCCUCCAGUCCAGGGGUUCUCCCGUCCACCACACGAUACUUUCCACUGUUGCCGCAUCUCCCCGCCAAGGUUUCUCAACUUGA